AUGUCUGCCGAACCUGCGACGAUGCCCAAGCAGGGCGAACACCCCGCCCCUGCUCCGGCCAGCUUUCCGCCCACUCGCUCAGCUCCCGAACGGCGCGGAUCAGUCGACGUCCUCGCAGCCAUGGCGAAACCGCCGCCGUUCCCGCCGCUCAACCUCAUGCACGACCGCACUCGGACAGUCUCGCACGCCAUGGCACAGUCGAAGCGCGCAGACGAGCAGAGGACGCGCGACAAGGGCAAGGCGAAGGCGGAAGAGCCGCUUGACGAGGUCGGCGUCAGCGAGGGCAGGCGGUGGAAGGCUGGACUGAAGCCUGGACAGGCGGCGAAGAAGCUCUUCCCCAAACCCAACCUCGCACGACGAGCGUACCGUCGCUUCUUCAUCAAACGGGAUCUCAAAUACGGGCGAGAAUGGCUGCCGGAGGAGCUCGAGGAGGCGGCGCGGCGAGGGAACUUUCCGCACCGUCCAAGCGACCUCUUCCUCAAGAUGUACGCGGACGUUCUCACCUGCCUCACCCGCGACCCUCUCGCCGGCAACGUCUCUCCCGCCUUGAUCGGCACGCAGGGCACAAUCCCGCUCAGCAUCGUCUCCACCAUUCCCGACAUCAUGCAGCACUAUCAGGAUUGCAUCGUCCUGGCGGAGAAGGAGGUCUUUCUCGUUACAAACUACUGGCAACCUUCCGACUCGGUCAACACGGUUGCGAGCGGCUUGAAGGAGCUGAACAAGCGGGUUGGCGAGCGGAAAGGUGAGAAAGUGGUCAUCAAAAUCAUGUGGGAUCGCGGUGCGGUUCAGCAGCUCUGGCACAACCACGUUUCGGUCACGCCGCAGACCUGGACGCCGCUCGGCCUGCCACAUCCCGACGAAGUCCCGAACCUCUCCCUUCAAGUCGUCAACUUCCACCGCCCUCUCCUCGGAACGUUUCACCAGAAGGCGAUGGUCGUGGACCGCAAGAUUGCGCUGCUCAACUCGAACAAUAUUCAGGACCGCCCGAACCUUGAGAUGAUGGUGCACCUCGAAGGAUCCGUCGUCGACUCGGUCUACGACAACAUGCUCAUCAGCUGGCAUGAAGCGCUCUCUCCCGCCCUCCCCUGCCUGACCGGCCCAACUCCGACCACCCACCCCGACCUCUUCCCCUUCACCUUCACCGACUCGAACCCCUACCUCGCCAACAUCGACGUCGCGAAAGCCGCACGAGCCGCACGGAAGCUCCUCAGUCGGCAGGACGAUCAGGCGCGGAAGAGCGAACAGACGGAGUCGCUUAACCCACCGGAAUGGUGGAGGCGCACCAGUACGAGCGGGCCGAACCCUUGGCCGUUCGGGACUCUCAUGCAUGGACAUGGACACGCGCACGCGCAUGGCCACCCGCAUGGAAUGCCGAGGCAGGAUAGUGCGGCGGAUGGAGCGGAGGGUGGGAAGUUCGCGGCGCUGGUGAUGCAGCUCGUCGAGAAAGCGCGGGAGGAGAAGGCGCGGCUGGCGCUUGGCAUGCAGGGCAUGAUGAACCAGGGUCAGGACGGGCAGGCGGUUGCGACGGGCUCGAACGGUGCGGCGGUUUCGACGGCGGUCGAGGCGCCGCGGGAGAGCUUAGCGGGAGACGCGGCUUCCAACGGGAGCAGCGACGGCUCGCAUACUCGGGUCAACGGCGUGUCGGGAAAGGCGGCGGCAGGCGCCGAGGCGGAGAAGCGGGUCUUGAGCAUCAAGACUGACCCUGCCAAUGGCUCUUCCGCGGAACCAAAGCCUCCCGGCUUCAACCACUCCGAAGAUCUCUCUCCGACCGCCGCUGCCGCUCCGCAAGAGCCACCAACCAACGUCGGCAAGGACCUCGAGCCCACUUCGCCUGCGUCGCCCAACGGAGACUCGAACAAGGGUACCGCGUCAAGCGCUCGCCUCGCUGCGCUGUCGAAGGCGCUCAAUGCCGGCGCGCUGGCCAAGAUCGAUGCGGCUAUUGACGACGAGACGCUCAUCCACGACUUCAAGCCUCACCUCUUGCACAAGAAGCACGAGCCUUUCCCAAUCGCCCUCGUCAACCGCCGUCCUCACGGCUCGCCCGGACACAACGACAUCCGGUGCCCGCAAGCCGCCGCCUGGCUCGCCGCACUCAAGUUCGCCGAGCGCGACGUCUUCAUCCAGACGCCCACGCUCAACGCCGCCCCAAUCGUCCGGGGUGUCAUCGAGGCGUGUUCUCGCGGCGGUAAGGACGGCAAGGGUAUUCUCGUCACCCUUUUCCUCGGCUUGGGCUUCAACGACAAGGGCGAGAGUAUCCCUUUCCAGGGCGGCACGAACGAGGAGGUCGUCUUCCGCCUCUUUGGCCAGCUUCGCAAGCUUGGCAAGGAGAACAAUCUGCAUGUGUACUGGUACACCGGCAAGGACCAAAUCCGACCUUUGAAUGCUGUGCACAAGUCGCGCAACUGUCAUAUCAAGUUCAUGUCGGUCGACGGCCAGUGCGCCAUCGUCGGCAACGGCAACCUCGACUCUCAGUCCUUCUGGCACUCGCAGGAAGCCAACAUCCUCAUCGACAACCCCCAGAUCGUCGCCGACUGGAUGGACCAGCUCCGGACGAACCAGUCGACGCACAAGUACGGCCGCGUCGACACGGACGGGAUCUGGCGCGACCCGUCGACGGGCGAGGAGCUCGAGAAACCCAAGUCUAUCUCGUGCUUCACGGCGAUGCGCGCGGUCAUCUAG